AUGAUGAGAGCGGCGCUGUGGUGGCGUAGGAAACACCCAUCUUCCGCCGCCGGGGGGCUCUUGUCGUCGGCGGCGGGCUGCCUCGACGCUUCCGGCGCGGCGGAGCAGAAAGAAGCGGCGGCGACGAAAAAGACGAGGAAGCGGAAGGAUAUCCCGCUCUUGGGGAUCGAUCUACCCGACGUAUGGGAUCCUCUCCGUUCCUCUUCUCCGGGAGGGCCUCCUCAGAACUCUGGUAAGCAACACUCGAAGGCACUUUGAUUCCAGCUUUCUGUUUUAAGCUCUGUUGUCCUCAUUGCUUGCUCAUAUGAACCUGAAACUGCAUCGGACUGUUGCGCUGGUUCCGCUUUGAUGUGCCGUGCUGUGCUUUUCUCCACGCCAUUUACAGUAUGAUUUAGCUGCAAUCUCUGCAUGAAAGCUUCAGAAGAACAUACCCGAAAUGACCGGCUGCUGAUCAAUGCAGCAUAAGAAAACUUGGUAGUUUUAUUAUUCAUGUUAUCUGAUUUGUGCAUGUUAGUUUGAUCCUAUGCAAACCAUCUUAUCCUGAUCUCCGUGUCCCAGAUAGACUGGUUCCAACCGUGAUCGACGGGUCGGCCAUGGCGGCCGAAAUAAGAUCAGAAUUAGCUGAAGAAAUCCGGCGGAUGAAGGAUGCUACCGGAAAAGUGCCCGGCUUGGCCGUUGUGUCGGUGGGUCAGAGAAGGGACUCCAAGUCUUAUGUUAGAUUCAAAAUAAAGGCUUGUCAGGAAGUGGGCAUCAAAUGCCUGCUCGCGAAUUACCCCGAGGAUUGUGCAGAGGACGACGUAGUCAACGCCGUUUCAGAUUUCAACGAUGACCCAUCAGUUCAUGGUGUUCUUGUGCAGCUUCCUCUGCCCCAGGUAAACCUCUUCAUCUACGCCGGAAAAUCCCAUGAUUUCUGUUCCCGUUUCUUGUUCCGACACAAACGCGAAGCAAAAACCACCCUCGUUUCUCUGAGCAGCGCAUGGACGAGGAGAGGAUCUUGGGCGCCAUCAGCGUGGAAAAGGAUGUCGACGGGUUCCAUCCUCUCAACAUGGGAAAUCUUGCUCUGAGGGGCAGAGAGCCGCUGUUCAUCCCCUGCGCCUCCAAGGCCUGCAUCGAGUUGCUGCUCCAAACUGGUGUUGAACUCCGAGGGAAGAAUGUCGCCGUGAUCGGACACAGCAAAGUGGUCGGCCUGCCGACAUCUCUGUUGCUCCAGGUGAUCAAUUCUUCUCCCAAAAAAACAGCCUCCUUUUUUUUUCUCUCUCUCGUCAUCCUCUCUGCGCUCCUCUCAGAGGCACCAUGCAACAGUCAGCGUCGUCCAUGCCUUCUCCAAGAACCCAGAAGAAAUCACACGCCGAGCAGAUAUUGUGAUCGCAGCCGCCGGAGUCCCCGACCUGGUCCGCGGCAGCUGGCUGAAACCAGGAGCGAUUGUCGUUGAUGUGGGAACGAAUCCAGUCGAGGUAAAAUCUUGGAUGAUGAUGCUCUCCAUUUAUUCAGUCUAAGUGUGAUGAGCUUACGGACUACAAAUCAUGGCAGGAUCCCCACAGCGAGUAUGGCUACCGGCUCAAGGGCGACGUCUGCUAUGAGGAAGCCUUGGAGCUGGUCUCUGCCAUUACACCCGUUCCCGGGGGAGUCGGCCCGGUGACCAUCGCCAUGCUCCUCUCCAACACCCUCGACGCCGCCAAACGUGCUUAUGGGCUCUCCUAG